AUGAGUUACACCCCAAGACAAGUCGGUGCCAAGAACACUCUUGACUACAAAGUCUUUUUGGAAAAGAACGGUAAGCCCGUUUCUCCAUUCCACGACAUCCCACUUUACGCCGAUGAAGAGAAACAAAUCUUUAACAUGGUUGUGGAAAUUCCACGUUGGACUAACGGUAAGUUGGAAAUCACCAAGGAAGAACCAUUGAACCCAAUUAUUCAAGACACCAAGAAGGGUAAAUUGAGAUACGUUAGAAACUGUUUCCCACACCACGGUUACAUUCACAACUACGGUGCCUUCCCACAAACUUGGGAAGAUCCAAAUGUCGUCCACCCAGAAACUAAGGCUGUUGGUGACAACGACCCAGUUGAUGUUUUGGAAAUUGGUGAAACCAUUGGUUACACUGGUCAAGUUAAACAAGUUAAAGUUCUUGGUAUCAUGGCUCUUUUGGAUGAAGGUGAAACUGACUGGAAGGUUAUUGCUAUCGAUGUUAACGAUCCAUUGGCUCCAAAGUUGAACGAUGUUGAAGACGUCGAAAAAUACUUCCCAGGUCUAUUGAGAGCUACUAACGAAUGGUUCAGAAUUUACAAAAUUCCAGAUGGUAAGCCAGAAAACCAAUUUGCAUUCUCUGGUGAAGCUAAAAACAAGAAAUACGCUCUUGACAUCGUUAGAGAAACCCACGAAUCUUGGAAACAAUUGAUUCACGGUAAGGUUUCCGACAACAAGGGUAUUGCAUUGACUAACACUACUGUUACCGAUUCCCCAACUUACUCAGCUACCGCUGCUUCUGAAGUUCCAGCAGCUUCUCCACAAGAAGAUGCUCCAGUUGACAAGUCUAUUGACAAGUGGUUCUUCAUCUCUGGUUCCGCUUAA